AUGUGGAUUCCAAGAGAUAGCUGUGAAGACAAUAAACGAUUCAAGUGCAAAAGAGGAUAUGUAUCACAAGUUCAACACCUUGUAAAACGGAGUCUGGAUUUUGGAACCAGCUUGUCAAGUUAUAACUGUUCUGUUGGCUACACUAAGAAUGGUGUGACGGGUAUUCUGAGGUGUGGUGAAAAUGAUAUGUGGAUAGAACAAGAAGCUUGUCAAGCUGUAGAGUGUCCACAAGGUUUGAAUAUCACUAACUCUGAUGAUGUAACAGAAUCAAGAAUAUUUGGUGAUAAUUUUAGUUUUAACUGUUCUCUUGGUCUGACGGGUACUCUGACGUGUGGUGAAAAUGGUAAAUGGAAAGUAGAGAGAGAUUGUCCAGAGGUCACCACGGGAAUAAAUGUAAAGAUGAACCACGAUGUGUGA